AUGGAGCCUCCGUCGCCUCUCUCCCUUCACCAUGAUCAUCCUGGCACAUUACUCCCACCUGAAAUUUACCUGAAAAUAUUUGAGGACUUCAUCCUCCCUUCACGCGACGUCGCCAAAUCGGAUUUCAAGGUACAAGGAACGCUACGACAACUCACCCUUUCCUGCUGGCUCUUCCGUCAUCUAACUUUACCCUACCUAUUCGAGCGCAUUGUCUUUGACGGAGACCGCUUCUGGAAAAAUACCGAUAUCGGUAGGCGGGCAUGGGUGCACGCCAUCUCCGAUGGUAAACGCCCGGCAAUCGACGCUGCGUCAUAUGUCAAGCACGUUGUGUUCCAUUACGAUCCAAAAAGAGCUAGUGAACCGGAGGCUAACCUCGCUCAGCUGGUGACAGCGAGGCCAUUUGCAGAGAUCUAUUGCGGCUUGCUAUCUCGGAUGGAUAACUUAGGCGACGCUGAGUUCGUACGCUGCAGGAUCUUUACAAACCACAUCAUCGCACUCCGACAGCUUUCCAACCUGCGCAAGGUUGCUUUUAGAGAGUGUACGUGGGAAGAUAGUAUGCUUGAGACGGUUGUGCCGGGCUUGGGUUGCAAAGUGGAAGACGUUGAACUCGAAUACAGACCGAGGCGACCUGAGAACGAGCUAGAUUUGGGCGUAUCAGAUUGGGGCUACAAGGUUCUCAACACGACCACGUCGUUGCGUCGGAUUGUGGCGACAGAGGUAACUAUGCUCCGGAUGAUAGGAAGUAAAGGACAAAUGAAACUCGGGCACAUACGCGAAAUCUGUGUUCACUUCUGGUCGCUGCGGGAACGCACAGACACGGAGCGGCAACGGGAAUAUCAGUUAUUCCAUGAAGCCAAGCAUUGGCUCCCUUAUUAUCCAGCCCUUGAGAGACUUGUCCUCUUUUCAUCAUGGCCCGGGGCUUAUGGUGGUAGACCUCUGGAUCGGCCUCGAAAGCUUGUCCAAGACAUCACUGACAUGGCGACAGCACAGUUUCACUGCUUACGCCGACUCGAGAUUCUGGAUCCCUCCUUUGAGACCACCCAAAUCAUGUUCAAACGAAAUCUCACCGAAGAUGUUCUCAAAGCGAUGGUUCACAAGGUCUGCCCAAGCCUGGAGUACUUCCGCUUUGGACCGCUCGAAUGGACGCUGCAAUCGGGGGCCUGGGUCCAGAACUUUAGGAUCCCCACGCGCGGAAAGGGCGCUUACUGGUGA